AUGGUGACACGGCUGGCACCGCAACUUUGCGACCAGAAUCAGCCGGUUUCCCCGAACGCCUCCAAUCUCAACUCUUGGAAAGCACCGGGUGGCAGCAUCUCGUCAUGCAAGCGUUGCCUGCUUUGUGCGUUGUUUGCUUUGUCGGUCAUCCUGCUUUGGAAGUGCUACCCUGGCUUCGUCUUUACUCUGAGAUCUGCCUGGCAUUACGUGGAG